GUGCCUUGAUUGCCUUGGAUGACAAACCAAAACUUACCCAUGGCUUUUUCUAAGGUUAUUUCUUUGGCCUCUCUCCUUUUGGCAAUCUCUUCACUUCUGCUGGCCUCUCUACUGGCUGUUUCGGAGGCUCAUUACAAUUCAUAUCUGCCUUCCUCUGAACACCUAGUGAAAGGACUCUCAUUGAAUUUCUAUGAACAUAAGUGUCCUGAUGUGGAAUACAUUGUCAGAAAACACCUCAAGAAAGUGUUCAAAGAGGACAUAGGCCAAGCUGCUGGAUUGCUUCGCAUUCAGUUCCAUGACUGCUUUGUUCUGGGAUGUGAUGGUUCACUGCUACUUGAUGGAACAACUAGCGACCCGAGUGAGCAGCAAGCCGCGCCAAACCUGAGCCUGAGGCCGGAGGCAUUCGAGAUCAUCAAUGACCUCCGUGAACUCAUUCACAAGCAGUGCGGUAGGGUCGUCUCCUGCGCUGAUAUUACUGUUCUUGCUGCACGCGAAGCUGUUUACCUGUCGGGUGGGCCUGAAUACAAUGUCCCCCUGGGAAGAAGGGACAGACUCACCUUCGCAACACAGGCAGAAGUCCUAGCCAACAUUCCCUCACCGAACUCCAAUGCCAGUUUCCUCCUCACCUCUCUUGCCACCAAGAAAUUCGAUGCCACCGAUGUGGUGGCCCUCAGCGGCGCCCAUACCAUUGGACGCGGCCACUGUGGCUCCUUUUUUGGUCGGCUUUUCCCGACUCAAGACCCAACCAUGGACCCAAUCUUUGCUGAUGACCUCAAAGAAAUCUGCCCAGAAAAAAAUUCCACAAACACCGCCCAUCUGGAUAUUAGGACUCCAAACACAUUUGAUAACAAGUACUAUGUUGAUUUGGUGAACAGAGAAGGCCUGUUUACGUCGGACCAGGAUUUGUACACGGAUAAAAGGACUAGGGGAAUUGUUGAGAGCUUUGCUGAGGAUCAGGAACUGUUUUUUGAGAAGUUUGUGCAUGCGAUGAUAAAGAUGGGGCAGUUGAGCGUGUUGACAGGCAAGGAAGGAGAGAUUCGCGCAAAUUGCUCCGUAUCGAAUUCAAAUAACCCAAAAUUGGUGUCUCCAGUGGAAGAGGACUACGAGACCCAUGCGGAACUAUAAGGUCGCAGUGUUCUAUGUGUGUUUGUUUCUUCAUGUGUUUACGUGCUUCUGCUUUGAAUAAGAACUCUGAAAAUAAGUAGUAGCUGGUUAUGUUGUAUAUAAGUUCAGUUCAACUGAUUGAUGGAGUGUUUCUUAAUUUCCGCCUGUAACACGGUGUCCUUUAGCAAUGUAAUUGAUGUGUUUUGCAUACAACCAAAUGUGAUGGAACUAUUUAUCAGCACUUUUAAAGAGACAAA